AUGAGCGCCAUUGGUGACUACUGGGGAGUAUCUAAGAUCCUAGAGUCCUCCGUGGAACUUGGAUACCCGAGAAUGAUGCGCACGCACACUUUUGCGUUCGAUAUGAGCGCCUUUUGUAUUCGAACCCCAGAUGGUGAAUACCAAAUCAAAGAUCCCGCCAAAGCGGACGGUAUUGCGAAGACAGUCGCCUGCAUGCAAGCAUCAUGGUUGAUUGCGCAGGUCAUAGGCCGGAUGGUUGAGCACGUUGCUAUCACUCCCCUCGAAGUCGCUACCGUCACUUAUGUUGGCUGUGCUCUCAUCUCUUACGUUAUCUGGUGGGAGAAGCCACAGAACAUCGCUGUGCCAAUUGUGCUCAAAGAUUGGGAUGAUUCCACGACCAAGCAGGAAUGGAUCCGAUCCCACUAUGACCAUGCAAGAGAUACUUGGCUGGAGUUCGUGUGUGCGGGGAAUAUGCUGGUCCAAAAGGGGCUCAUCACCUAUCAUGGCAUUCGGAUUCAGGCCGGGAAGCUUAUGUUUUCUGCCUGCAUCUUUGGAGACAUUCAUCUAGCUUCGUGGAACAUCAAGCUCCCUACCAGUGUUGAGGAUUGGGUUUGGCGAAUGAGUGCCCUGGGCUGCCUCGUUCUUCCAAUGGCCAUAGUUUUGGCAUCGUUCAAUUCAUUCACGAAGUUGUCCACUAGCUUUGGGCCAUUCGCGUAUGCCUACUUUGCUUUGUAUGGUGUGGUCAGGGUUUUCAUGCUGGUUGAGAUGUUCAUUAGUCUGAGGUUGCAGCCUGAAAGUAUACGUCUCUGUCCAGUGGCCAGACUUACUGCCCCACAUAUAGCGAAUAAUGAAGAGCUGGCCAAAAGGGAAGACUAUGUUUCAAGCAUAGAAGAUGGUAACUAG